UCUUUUUAGAAUCCUUUUUUUUUUAAUCAUAUAGUAGUAAUAAAAUUUUCUAUGUAUAUAUAUAGACCACAUUCAAAUCUUUGUUCUCCACAUAUACUCUUCCUUAAUUAGUACUCCAAUUCAUUUAAUUAAAGUUUUAUUUCUCUUGAUGGCAGAUUGGAAUAGAUCAAGCACAUCAGAUAAUGCCUCAGUGGUCUCACCUGAUUCGACCCGAGUGGUUGCAUUAGAGACUACCAACGAAGAAACCUCUAAACUUGAAUUUUCAGAAGAUGAAGAAAUGCUCAUUGCUAAAAUGUUCAGCUUGGUUAGAGAGAGGUGGUCAUUAAUUGCUGGAAGAAUCCCAGGAAGAAAUGCUGAUGAGAUUGAAAAAUAUUGGAAAUCAAAAUACUCCAAAAGCCAGGAGGAAAUACAGGCCCAAUCUCAAGAUGAAGCUCAUGGCAUUAGAUUGAUAGAGAAAACUGGGCCUUCAACGGGGCACCCUCAGCAGUGUGUUUUUCCAGAAAAAAAGCCCAUAUCUGUCUGUCAACCUUCAGAUAUUGGGCCUCAACUAUUGGGCCCAACAACGAAUGGGCCUCAACAGCUAUUGGGCCCUAAAACAACUGGGCCCAAUAACAUCACUGUAGACCAAAAGUUAGUUAACCCAGCCCAAGACCAAAUAAACCAAUAACCUAUGCCCAGCCCAGCCCAAGAUUGGUCAAACAUGACACUAGACAAACCUACAAUAUAUUUUCUAUUUACAUAUUUUCGCAAAUACCUACUACUCAAUUAUGCUAUGUAUAGCUAUAGUUUGCAUAUUUACUAGUUGUAGUUACAGUUUAAGUUAUCUCGUUUGUAUAAUUUCCAUAUAUGUUUAAAUAAGUGAGUUAUAUUUGUAUAAACUCAAAAUAAUGAAUUUAUACAAACACAAACAUUUAAACUUUAAA